AUGCCACCUGGCGUAAUAACGUUGGAAAGGUGCAACACGUCGCCAAUAUUCACACGCCUUUCUCUACUUACCAAACUAUUUCACGACCACGGCGCGCAACUAAUGCAGAACCCGUUCUUACAGUCAACUCCUAAACCACCAAAUAGCCUGUUCACUAGCCACUUCCCCCAGGAAGAUAGCAGCCUCGUGCGACCUUAUGUUUUCCGACCGAUGGCUACCUUAACUGUACACUUGCGUGCAACAUCUCUAUAUACUACUCGCCGUAACAUAUUAGAGAUGGAGUUACCCGAGUUGCUGCAUUGGAAUCUGCUCCGGGAGCAGGAAGAGAAAAAAGCUACAAUUAACGCUGUGAAGAAGCGACUCCAGACUGCAGAACUAGCGGUACCGAAGACGAGAAAUGAAAUCGAAGGCGAUUAUUAUUAG